CUACAAAUCACCGGUCAAAUUAUGAGUUCAUUGUAUUAUGCGAACGCUUUGUUUUCUAAAUAUCAAGCUGCAAGUUCGGUUUUUCCAAGUGGGGUCUUUCCCGAGCAAACUUCUUGCGCCUUUGCGUCCAGUUCACCAGGCGCGAGCAGCUAUGUCUCGGGCUCCGGCGGCUCCGGCUUCUCCUCCUCUUCCUCCACACUGUCGGGACUGUACAAUAACGCAGGGAACAUGCCCACCCAAACCCGCAGCAUGUAUCCCUCUGCGUAUGGGCUGGGCACCGGCUCUCUGAACAUGCACUGCUCCCACUUUGAACACCCCGACCUCUCCAUGAUUUGCUCCGGUGGUGACCCGUCCAAGGUGUCCAGCUGCGGUAAGGCGGAGCAGAGACAGAACGAGGACAGUUUACGGAUCUACCCCUGGAUGAGAAGCUCAGGUGCAGACAGGAAGCGAGGUCGACAGACGUACACGCGUUACCAGACGCUGGAGCUUGAGAAGGAGUUCCACUUCAAUCGUUACCUGACCCGCCGAAGACGCAUAGAGAUCGCACACGCGCUGUGUCUCACCGAGAGGCAGAUCAAAAUCUGGUUCCAGAACCGGAGGAUGAAGUGGAAGAAGGAGAACAAGACGUCCGGCCGGAGCUCCCCUGCAGCCGAACCGCCGGGGGGCGAGGAGGACGAGGAUGAAGACCAGUAGCGACGGUGAAUGGACGGUGAAAAGACUAAUGAGCACUACACGAGACUGAUAUUAUAUUAAAACCGUAGGGGAAAACCGUGUCCCCCCUAUUCUUACACUGAGUUAAACAUACAAUACUACCUAUACGAUUAAUGAUUCAUGUAGCCUAUUGCCACGUCUUGUUUUGUUAAAAGUACAGUGAAAUUGUAUAAAGAAAACAAUUACAAUGAUUUCUAAGCGAUACUAAAUAAGCUAUUGUUGCUUAAAUGUUGAUUUAGGUAAAUAUGAUCUAGUUCUUUGGCAUAGACCUGUAAUAUUGCAAAACCCUGUUUGGGAAAACUAGCCUGUAUGCGGGGAAAGGGAUCGGCUUUGCAGCAGUUUGGCAACUCCAAGAUCAUCCUUGUUAUUAUAUUUUCAUUCUCUGUCAUCUUGUGAUCUUCUGGAUGUAUAUUUUAUGACUUGUUGUAAGGGCUUUUACCCCUAUGUCAAUUGAUUUUACGUAUUUUGUUUGUUUUCUUGAGAUGUAGGCCUACAGUGGACUACGAGAUGUAGGGAUUUGUAUAUUUUCGUGUUGUGAGGAACUAUUUGUUAUGCAAUUGCACAAGUGUUCUGUCAAUAAAGCAAAAAGUAAUCAAUU